CUGACAGCUCCCAUCCUUACCUUGUCAUCUUCAACACGCACUCAAGAUAAAGUCACGGAGGGAGAAGCCCCCACCCCCCAAGGGCUACGGGUUCAUCUGUCUCUUUCUUCCUGGAGUUGCCCUCAAACUUUCAGCACCUCCCUCCAUCUCUAGUAAGUUAUAAAGUUGAACAGAAAAGGAGUAAGAAGACGGUGGGCUGUUGCACGUGCCUGUUGCGCGCAUGCGCACUUUUCGUGUUCGGCCUCCUUUUGGCGCCGCGAAGUAGUGAGUCCGUGAGAAAUUACCCGGCGGCGCUGAAGAUGCGCGCCACUUCCGGUCGGGCUCCUAACAACGGGGGAGGCUGGUAACCAGGGAGGGGGGGAUGGCGGAGCGGGCGCCUGAGGCAGAGGCGGAGGCUGAAGCGGGAGCAGGCGGGGAGGCGGCCGCCGAGGAAGGCGCGGCGGGCCGUAAGGCGCGGGGUCGGCCGCGGCUCACGGAGUCAGACCGGGCCAGACGGCGGCUCGAGUCCCGGAAGAAGUACGACGUGCGGCGCGUGUACCUGGGCGAGGCGCACGGGCCCUGGGUGGACCUGCGGCGCCGCAGCGGCUGGAGCGACGCCAAGCUCGCCGCCUACCUCAUCUCGCUGGAGCGCGGCCAGCGAAGCGGUCGCCACGGGAAGCCUUGGGAGCAGGUCCCUAAAAAGCCAAAGAGGAAGAAAAGGCGGCGACGCAAUGUGAACUGCCUGAAGAACGUGGUAAUCUGGUACGAGGACCACAAGCACCGCUGCCCAUAUGAGCCGCACCUGGCCGAGCUGGACCCUACCUUUGGCCUGUACACCACAGCCGUGUGGCAGUGCGAAGCUGGGCACCGCUACUUCCAAGACCUGCACUCACCCCUGAAGCCGCUCAGCGACUCAGACCCCGACAGUGACAAAGUAGACAAUGGCCUGGUGGUCAGCAGCUCUGACUCGUCCAGCUCCGGCUCUGGCUCUGACUCCGAGGAGCCCCCUGAAAGUCAGCCAGCCAAGGUGACAGUGGCAACAGCGGCAGUUACCCCCACUAGCCCAGUGGGCAGCAGUGGACUCAUCACACAAGAGGGCGUGCACAUCCCUUUUGAUGUCCACCACGUGGAAAGCCUGGCCGAGCAGGGCACCCCGCUGUGCCCCAACCCAGCAGGCAGUGGGCCUGAAACUCUGGAGACAGUGGUGUGCGUGCCAGUGCCUGUGCAGGUGGGCCCGGGCCCUGGCACCCUCUUUGAGAACAUGCCCCAGGAGGCACUGGGAGAGGUGGUGGCCAGCUGUCCCAUGCCAGGCAUGGUGCCUGGCUCUCAGGUGAUCAUCAUUGCAAGCCCCGGUUAUGAUGCCCUCACGGCCGAGGGCAUCCACCUCAACGUGGCAGCAGGCAGCGGUACCCCCAAUGGGGGUCUGGGCGACGAGGUGCCCUGCUCCAUGAUGGAGGGUGUGGCAGCCUACACCCAGACGGAGCCUGAGGGCAGCCAGCCCAGCACCAUGGACCCCGCCACCAUGGCAGGCAUGGAGACCAAGAAAGAGAAGGAGGACCUGUACAUGCUCAAAAAGGAGGAGAAGGAAGAGCCAGUGGCCCCAGAGCUGGCCGAGCUGGCAGCGACAGUUCCUGCGAGUACAGAGCCUGAGGCAGAGGCCGACGGGGAGGAGCUGGAUGGCAGCGACAUGUCAGCCAUCAUCUAUGAGAUCCCGAAGGAGCCUGAAAAGAGGCGGCGGAGCAAGCGGUCACGGGUGAUGGACGCUGAUGGCCUACUCGAGAUGUUCCACUGUCCCUACGAGGGCUGCAGCCAGGUGUAUGUGGCCCUCAGUAGUUUCCAGAAUCACGUCAACCUCGUGCACCGGAAAGGGAAGACCAAAGUGUGCCCCCACCCUGGCUGCGGCAAGAAGUUCUAUUUAUCCAACCACCUGCGGCGGCACAUGAUCAUCCAUUCAGGUGUCCGUGAAUUCACCUGUGAGACCUGUGGCAAAUCCUUCAAGAGGAAAAACCACCUGGAGGUACACCGGCGCACGCACACCGGCGAGACACCUCUGCAGUGCGAGAUCUGCGGCUACCAAUGCAGACAGCGCGCAUCGCUCAACUGGCACAUGAAGAAGCACAUGGCCGAGGUGCAGUACAACUUCACAUGCGAGCGCUGUGGGAAGCGUUUCGAGAAGCUGGACAGCGUCAAAUUCCACACGCUCAAAAGCCACCCGGACCACAAGCCCGCCUGACCCACCCGACCAUUGACCGUCCCUAUUUAUUCGUGUGCUCGCUCGGACGCUACACCCGGGCCUGUUGGGCCCAUGAGACAGCUGCGGGGGCUGCUCAGACCGCAGGCCGGAAGGAGGCACCCUACCCCGCCCCAGGGCUGGUCCCCUCACCCCACCCCGCCUUGUCUCCGGAGCUGGCGCCUGGGGCUGCACUACUGGAACAGUUUCAAGAGAACAGAGCGAGAUUAAAGAGCAAGAAAGGAGA